GUUAAUUUGGAUAUCGCCCUUCCCGUGCUCCUUCUUCCACUGCUCUUAAUUUUGGACUGAGUCUACAUCUGCAAUUUCUGCCACAUGCCAGGGAUUCUGAGACCGCUUCCUUCUUUACUUGUAUUAUCCUUUUCAUAAAUGGAUGGCAAGGUUUAAAUUCUCUCCAAAUAUUUACUUCAACUAGAGACAGAGUAGAAGAAAUUCAGAGAAAGAGGCGCCGGCAAAGUCGCCGGCUAUAGGGACCACCGGUUCUGUAGGAGAAGAGCUCUCUGAGUUUCAGGGGUUUGCAGUGGUGUUGAACUGGUUGGAGCUCUUGAUCGGCGGGGGAGUCAGAGGGAAGAAGGUUUCCGGGAACACAUUCACAGCCGGCUUCUUGGUUUCGUCUUAGAUUAGCUCAAAAGAGAAGGCGGAGUCUGACAAGCAAACUUCGCUUCUUCUCGACGAAGUGGGGGGAGAGGGUACUGAGACAGUAGAUGAAAGCUCUGAGACGAUCCAAUACCUCUACCUCGAACCGGCCAUCCUCGUCGUCUCCUGCGUUAUCCUGGAUCCAUUUGAGAUCUCUUCUCGUUUUCGCUUCUUCCCCUGUUCCAGAUCGACGUAGUUUUAAAGCACCAUGGUCUCAUGCAAAAGGUAAAGGAGGGUUUUCUCGUCAUUAUUGGAAUAGUCUUUUCACACCAGAUGGGAAACUUCGUGAUGGUGGCAUCAAGUUUUUGAGAAAAGCUAGAAGUAGAGGAAUUGAUCCAAGCAUUAGGUCAGAAGUUUGGCCUUUCCUCCUUGGAGUGUAUGAUCUGAACAGUUCUGAAUUGGAAAGGAGUGCAGUCAAACUGCGCAAAUGGAAAGAAUAUGAGAAGCUAAGGAGACGGUGCCUCUUUUUGUCAAAUUAUCGCCACCAGAGGAGCUCUUUAUUAACAAAAGAUAAAAUAUGCAAUGAACUGCAUCAUAAUCUGAUUGAGAAUCCUUGGUCUGAAGAUUAUACCGAAUCGCCUUUUCCUGCAAGAUGGACUGGCAAUGAAGACCUUGCAGUCUAUGACAGGACCCCCGACUCUUCCCCACGUAAUUUGGAUGCAAGGAAAGAUGAAGAAGAUUUCAAAACCAGUUAUUUAGAUCAAUUCCUGGUAGAAAAUGAUUCUGAAUUAUCUGGCAAUAUAUUAGAAACUGUUGUAGAACCUGAUCCAAAACUCAUGUCUGGUGCUUUUCUAAAUCCCAAUGCUCCCAACUGGAAUGUUGAAGACUUCAGAACAUGGCAGCGUAUAAUAAGACUCGAUGCUAUCAGAGCUGAUGCCGAGUGGAGUACCUAUUCACCAACCCAAACAAGAAUCUCACAAGAGCUUGCUAACCAUUAUGCAAAAGCUGUGGCUUUGAAGGAUUAUGAUCAUCUGGAGCCAUGUAUCAUAUACCAUGCUUCUCGUCUAGUUUCAGUGCUUGAAGCAUAUGCUAUCUAUGACCCAGAAAUAGGCUACUGUCAGGGAAUGAGUGAUCUUUUGUCACCAAUAUUGGUAGUAGUGGAGGAUGACUAUGAGGCCUUCUGGUGCUUUGUGGGUUUCAUGAGGAAGGCGCGGCAGAACUUUAGGCUCGACGAGUUUGGUAUCAGAAGGCAGCUGGCUAUCGUGUCGUGGAUAAUCCGGUCUAAAGAUGCACUUUUUUACCAGCACCUUCAGAAGCUCCAGGCUGAAGACUGCUUCUUUGUGUACAGGAUGGUGCUGGUGCUGUUCCGGAGAGAGCUCAACUUUGAGCAAACUCUUUGCCUAUGGGAAGUGAUGUGGGCAGACCAGGCGGCCAUACGGGCUGGAAUUGGAGGGUCUGCUUGUGGUAGGAUGAGGUUGAGAGCACCUCCUUCUGAGGAUCUUGUACUUUUCGCCAUUGCUGGCUGCGUGCUAAAGAGGCGGAAACUUUUCAUAGACAAGUAUAGCAACUUGGAUGAGAUCAUGAAGGAGUGCAACAAUAUGUCAGGGAAGCUGGAUGUUUGGAGGAUAUUGGAUGAUGCCCAUGAUCUGGUAAUAACACUCCAUGCAACUUUAAAUUAUCCCUCUGAGAUUUCCUAAAUUUUAUUUUGUUAUUCCUUAUUUUCUCAUCAAAUAGCAGCUUUAUCUUUGUUUUUCCUAUAGCCAAAUUGUUUCUGGCUCCACACAUCGAGCUUCUGUGAUAAGUCAUGGAAUUUCGAAGAGCUAUAUUUUGUUUUUUAUGAGACCGAUUUUCGAAUAAUUCCGAAUCUGUUUCAUGCCAAAUGGAAGCAAAUGCAACCAAGUUAUGACUUCCUUGUUUUAUGCUGUAUAAUGAUCCUAAUGAAGUGUAACAUAGAACAAAUUAGUCAUGUGCAUUGGCUUGAAUGCUUGAUUGUAAAUCAAACGUGCUUUUUACAGAUACUCGUUUGUUACGCUUUCUUCCUUUUCUA